AGAAAAAUCAGCUGCAGAACAUGGUGCGAUGCUGUGAUGAGCCCUGACAGGUCUGGUCCAGCCUGGGGCUGAGUCCCUCCAUCCUCCUUCCCGCUGUCAGCGCUGCCUCUCACACCUCCUCAUCUCCCUGCUCAAUACCGGCCCUGCGGCCACAGCCCGGCUGACAGCAGGAGAUGGAUGGGGCCAAGCCAGCGCCGCGGGGCAUGGGACACGUGCAGGGAUGCGACGGAUGCAGGGGGCUUGGGGAGAUGGUCCCUCCCCGGAUUGCAUCAGUCCCGGUCCCAAAACCCAGCACUGCCCACACAGCCUCCCUUGGCCACUCUGCAGCGUACAGGGGCCAGAGGGUUUCCUCUCUGUUAUGGUGGCCACGGGAAGGAUUUAAGCACCAACCCUAAAGCAGAAGUGAAGCCUGAGUUCCAAUCUGGAGAAAACAGCUGGCUCCGUGCACGGCAGGGAGGGAUUUCAGCCCUUGCCCAAUGCCACCAUCACUGGAGUACCACUGGGGACAGAAAGCCAUCAGCAUCCCUGGGAGGACGGCCCCUGUUCCCUCCAAACCCAUGCCCAGAACCCCAGCAUCCCUCAUCCCGCCCAAAUACACUCCCAUGGUGCGCAGUGAGGUGGUGGCCGUGGCCUGUUGCGGUUCGGAGGCGGGUGGGGGGCUCCAGAGUAGCCCCUCUGCCUUUCCCCCCCCGCCCCUGUGUCAGUCACCUCCCCACACACACCCCUCGCCCCUGCAGCGCCGGCUUGCCCUCAUCCAUCUCCCGCUGUCAGGCCAGUAUCGAGCGUCGCGAUGGGAGCCACAGGGUGCAGGGGUCUCAGCCCUGGGGCGGGACUGGGGGUCCCGGGUACCAGUGCAGAGACAGUACCAGCAUUUGGGAUGGGUACAGGGGAAGGGGGAGCACUAUUCCCCUGCUCCCGGAGCUGCAGAGGCUUCGCACAAGCAGCCGUCACGUUGCGGAUGCCUCAACGCCUCGCUGUGCUUUUUAAUAUUGGGUGUUGACGGCAGGCUGUCGGCCGAGCUGCCGGUGCACGGGCGGCUGCCGCACGCCGAGAGGGGCUUUGCCCGGGGGAGAGGGUUGGAGGAGCCCCCAUCUGCCCCCAGACAGACGUGUGACAUGAAGGGGACAAGGAGACCCCAACAGAGCUGUCCCUCCCAGCCCAGUGUACCCCAAGAUCCAGCUGGGUGCUGGUGGUGGUCCCAGUGGUCCCAGGGUCACCGCUCGCCUCCCGUCCAUCAUCAUUGCGUCAAGGCGUGAAGGCAGGUCGGGGAAGGGGGCCGUGCUCCAGCCCCCAAGGACCACUCUAGCUGCUCCAGCCCCUGCGUCUCCACCCCCAAGCUGGGGCAUAAAACCCCUGGCAGGCUGCGGGAGAGAGUCCAGAGCUGGCGCUGCGCUGGGAGGGGGCUUCGUUGGGGUCCCCGCUGCCUCCAUGCCAGGGAACGGAGCCACAGACACCUCCUGCCCACCCGCUGUACCCAUGGCAGCCUUCCUGGGGGGGCUGGGCGAGGGGCCCCCCUGCGGCGCUGGCCCUGGCUGGGUAGGUGAGGGGCCGGGGGCCGGCGGCAAGAACCGGCGCGUGUGCCACGCCACGGCACGGCUGGAGAUGGGCAGCCUCUGGGAGGAGUUCAACCGCCUGGGCACCGAGAUGAUCGUCACCAAGGCGGGCAGGAGGAUGUUCCCCACCUUCCAGGUGAAGCUGUCGGGGCUGGACCCGCUGGCGGACUAUGUCCUGCUCAUGGACUUCAUCCCACUGGAUGACAAGCGGUACAGAUACGCCUUCCACAGCUCCUCCUGGCUGGCGGCAGGACGGGCCGACCCGGCAGCCCCCGGCCGCGUCCACUUCCACCCCGACUCCCCGGCCAAGGGGGCCCAGUGGAUGCGGCAGAUCGUCUCCUUCGACAAGCUCAAGCUGACCAACAACCUCCUGGAUGACAACGGCCACAUCAUCCUUAACUCCAUGCACCGCUACCAGCCCCGCUUCCACGUGGUCUUCGUGGACCCACGACGGGACAGCGAGCGCUUCGCCCACCAGAACUUCAAGUCCUUCAGCUUCCCCGAGACCCAGUUCAUGGCGGUGACAGCUUACCAGAACCACCGGAUCACCCAGCUGAAGAUCGCCAGCAACCCCUUCGCCAAGGGCUUUCGGGAUGGAGACCCCGAGCCGUGGUAAGGCCCCCUGACACCACCCCGACACCAUGAUGAGGGGCUACGUGCUGCCCCCCCUGAGCCUCCCAUCUCCCUUGCAGGGGCUCCCCACAGCCAUGGGACACUGGCCGCCAACAUGCCCCCACAACCAGCCGCUCCCCCCAGCUUCCCCGAGCUGCCCGCACCCCCUUUCCAGCCCCUCGCCUGCCCCACCAGUGUCUAUGUGGGGGCCAAGCCCCGCACCCUGCCCUACCCCCUGCCCGCCUUCCCCCCGCUCAGCACCUACCGCACGGCCGCGGCCCCCGCCUUCAGCUACGGGCAGCAGUGA